AUGGGGACGAUACAUGUCAUCCUCGCCGCCCCAGGAAGAACCGGCUCUUUUCCCUCUGGGGUACUAUCCGUCGCUCGGCUCCCAGCUAAGGAUGGUAAGAGGGAGUCCAAAGGAUCUAAAAAGGGAAACUCACCAAUAUUGGGGUUCUCAGACGAGGAUAAGGGAGGAACUAUCCAACCUCACGAUAAUGCUCUAGUGGUUACGUUGAGGAUUGGAGGGUUUGACGUGAAGAGGGUACUAGUAGAUUCAGGCAGUGCAGUGGAAGUAAUGUACCCCGAUCUGUAUAAGGGGCUCAACUUAAGGCCUGAGGAUUCAAUGGCUUAUGACUCUCCUCUUAUAAGUUUCGAGGGGAAGACUGUUGUACCAAAAGGGCAGAUCAGAUUACCUAUACAGACCGGAUCAGAGGUGGUAGAGGUAGAUUUUAUCGUGGUCGAUGCCUACUCACCCUACACAACCAUAGUAGCCAGACCAUGGUUCCAUGCCCUGGAAGCCGUGCCUUCUACGCUUCACCAGAAGGUAAAAUACCCGUCCGGAGGCCAAGUGGAAGAAAUUCGUGGAGAUCAAGCCAUGGCUAGGCAAUGCAUGGUGGCCGCCAUCUUGCACCGAUUCAAUGCCGAAUCCUCAGCUUCUGUGAAGGGCUCAUAG